GGGUCAUCCUUAUCCAAUCCCACGCAUACACCAUGAUCAGGACCUUGCUGCUGUCUGCAUUGGUGGCUGGAGCCAUCAGCUCUGGGCUUACCGCUUCUCUACCCGACCUGGGCAGGGUGGUUGGAGGCCAGAAUGCAUCACCCAACAGCUGGCCCUGGCAGGUCUCCCUGCAGUACAGCUCCGGUGGCCAGUGGUAUCACACCUGUGGUGGCUCCCUGGUGGCCACAAACUGGGUCCUAACAGCCGCCCACUGCAUCAGCAACACGAAUACCUACCGUGUGGUGCUGGGCCGGCACAGACUGUCCACUGAGGAGUCCGGCUCGCUGGCCAUCAGGGUCUCCAAGCACAUACUGCACGAGAACUGGAACCCCAACCAGGUCGCCCAAGGCAAUGACAUCGCCCUGCUCAAACUGGCCAGCCAUGCCACCCUCAGUAACAAGAUCCAGCUGGCCCGACUCCCAGCUGCUGGCACCAUUCUCCCCAACAACUACCCCUGCUACGUCACCGGCUGGGGCAGGCUGAUAACCGGAGGACCCAGUCCUGAUAUCCUGCAGCAGGGCCGGUUACUAGUUGUGGACUUUGCCACGUGCUCAAAACCUACCUGGUGGGGCAGUGCCGUGAAGACCACCAUGGUCUGCGCCGGCGGCGACGGGGUGAUCUCCAGCUGCAAUGGUGACUCCGGUGGGCCACUGAACUGCCAGACAAGCAGUGGCCAGUGGCAGGUGCAUGGUGUGGUCAGCUUCGGGUCCUCAUUGGGCUGCAACUACCCCCAAAAGCCCUCAGUCUUCACCCGGGUGUCCAACUACAUCGGCUGGAUCAAUUCGGUGAUGGCAAGGAACUAAAUGAGGAUGUCUCUGAGAUCGUCAGACGAAGGAGGAAAGUAACAAUAAAGUAACAAUCAAUUCAAUGAA